UUCAGCCUCUCCAUAGUCCAGAAGCAGAGGUGCUGGUGACCGCCUCAGGAAAUAGCCCUGACAGGUGGCCUUAAAGUGACUGGCUGGCUUCAGCCCAGCUGGUGGCUGCUCUCUGAGAAGCAGAGACCUUGAGCACAUCUCAGCCCACAGGCAGCCCCAUGAAGAGCCCUGUCUCCACCUUGCCCUUCCCCACCGAGACUCUCCAGCAGGGACUCUGGCCUGCUGGGCUGCCACGGUAAAGCAGCACCCCUGGGAAGGCGGUGCCAUCUGCCUUAUUUCGCUAGACUUUAGCCAUCUCCAGAACCUCGCCUGAUGUCCUGGGACCCCACUCUUCAGGAAAAGGACAUUCCUGGAGGCAGAAAUGUAGCGCAGCUCUGAAUGAGGCCCCAAAAGAUGGGAGAUGCAGAAGCCCCUUUGGGAGGAGAGGACACCUGGGCAACCCUUGACCCCCUUUCCCACCCCCACCUCCAGGUUGGGAGCACGUUCCUGCAUGUGGCUAUGCUGUGGGGCCUCUCUCAUGAGUCAGAGCGGAGGGAGACAGCUGUGCCUCUGGAGUCUGCUUUUAAUUGUCUGGAAAUGCAGAGAUGUCUGGUUUUUGCCUGAGCAAAAUAGGAGUUUAUUUUUGUACUAUCCCGAGCUGGCUAAGGAGAGUCACGUAGCUGUGGGCGGGGUCUUGGGGAUGAGGAGGGAUACAGCAGGCAGGGACUAUGCUGAAGUGGAGCUGGCUGUAGGAACCCCAGGGAGGCACAGGGGGAGCAUGGAGAGGAGCUACACUUCCCUCCCUUAGUGCCCAGGCAGAAACUCCCAGGGCCCUUCACAGAACCUUGGAGGAACAUUCAACACCCCCAUCUCUAGGACAGCCCCAGCCCUGUCAUCCUCCAAUUGCUAUGGUAACACGGGGACUGGAGCAGUGAGAUUGUUAGGCCUUCAGGGCCAGUGUCUCCAUGCAGAUCAGAUGGAGGCGGUGCUUGGCACAUACACCACCUCACUGCCCAUGCCCACAGAAGUUGGUGCAGAUCAUAAGGUGGCUUUUGGGGCUAAUUGAUUGAAGUUCCAACAUAGUCUAUUUCUCCUAGGCUGGUAGCUGGCACCUUUGGCCCCAUGUGUUUUUUUAAUUAUUUUUUCUUUUGAGACGAAAUCUCGCUCUAUCACCCAGGCUGAAGUGCAGUAGUGCAAUCUCAGCUCACUGCAGCCUCUGCCUCCCGGGUUCAAGCAAUUCUGCCUCAGCCUCCCGAGUAGCCAGGAUUAAAGGUGCCUGCCACCACACCUGGCUAAUUUUUGUAUUUUUAAUAGAGAUGGGGUUUCACCAUGUUAGCCAGGCUGGUCUCAAACUCCUGACCUCAGGUGAUCUUCCUGCCUCAGCCUCCCAAAGUGCUGGGAUUACAGGUGUGAGCCACUGCACCCAGUCAUGCCCAUGUGUUUUGGUGGCCUUGGCUGCUGAUGGGUGGGGUGAGCCCCAGGAGGAAGUUGGGACAAGUCAACCUCAUGGCAGAUGUGCCAGGGAGAGCUGCAGGUGAGAUAGAUUGUUCCUAUCCCCCUCUCCUUGAUGUGGGAGGACUCAGUACCUCCAGCACAUCCUUCUCAUGGAGGUUGGUUAUGUGGUGCUUGGCCUCAAGUGAACCAGCACUUCAUGAGUCCAGCUUUGUGCUAGACCAGCAUUUGGGAUUGAGGGGGGCAGUGGCCACCCUCGGGGGACCUUCUGACUCAGAGGACAUGAGAUGGCCACACUCGAGCACUGUGUUCCUGACCUUUCUGGGUCACAGGUCACCUUGAUGAUUGGAUGAAAGUCUUAGAUCUUUCCAGAGAAAAGUCUACAACAUUCUACUGAACCAGUCCAGAGGGUACCCGGACCCCCGAAGCCCACCCAUGGGCUGGCUCUGGGAGGCAAUGGCGCUGAGUAUGGGGGCGUGAGUUGAAUGUGCGGGCUGCCGGUGGGUGGAGAGAGUGCUUCCAGCAGCUUGUCUACUGCACUAGGGAUGCCUGUUCUUACGGGGAAUCCCAGGCUGGGAGAGGGAACGUCCUCCGGAAGGCCAGCAGCAGGGGCAUCCCAAAGCGUAUGGCCCUUAUCUCAGCAGAGAAGGAGGGUGCCCAAGAAGUCCCCAGAGGCUCAGGCUUGUACCUGGGUGGGGCUGGCCCACUCGAGAAUGUGGUAAAGCUUCACCUUGUCCUCGUUCUAUCUGCCCAUGUCUGGCAGUGGCUUCUCCCAGAGGAAUAUCCUCCAGGGGCUUCUGCCUGGAAAGGCCCUGGAUGGGCUGGCUAGCCUCGGCCCUCCACCUGAGGUAAACAGCUUCAGCCAUUUACCAGGAAAUACCCAGAAUUGAGCCCCUGCACACUGGCGGCCUGUGGUGUGUCGGUGAGAGGUUGCAAGAGGUUGGGCUGUGUAGAAGCUUCUGCCCUCACUCUGGCUUUGCCUUCUGCCUCUCCAGCCUGCCUUCCUCCUCAUCUGGAAACAUCACAGGGGCAGCUGACUGAGCCAUCCUCAGAGGCCAGGAGCAAGCUAGAGGACCAAGCGAGGCGAGGGGAACCACACCAUGCCACUGGGCUAGCCUGGCCUGCUCCUGUGUUGAUGGACAUAGAUCAGGGAGAUGCUUAUAUAAUAAACCAUUGCGCACCCCUCUAGCCUGUGUUCUCUGAACUAGGAAGUCAUGGGCACGAGCUGUCGCCUGCGGAGUUCCUCAGCCUGCCCAUCCGGCCUCUUUCCCUGCAGAUCUCUCACAUGGAUCCCCACAGAUGGUACGGAGGGAUAUCGGGCUGUCGGUGACGCACAGGUUCUCCACCAAGUCCUGGCUGUCGCAGGUCUGCCACGUGUGCCAGAAGAGCAUGAUAUUUGGAGUGAAGUGCAAGCAUUGCAGGUUGAAGUGUCACAACAAAUGUACCAAAGAAGCCCCUGCCUGUAGAAUAUCCUUCCUGCCACUAACUCGGCUUCGGAGGACAGAAUCUGUCCCCUCGGACAUCAACAACCCGGUGGACAGAGCAGCCGAACCCCAUUUUGGAACCCUCCCCAAAGCACUGACAAAGAAGGAGCACCCUCCGGCCAUGAAUCACCUGGACUCCAGCAGCAACCCUUCCUCCACCACCUCCUCCACACCCUCCUCGCCGGCGCCCUUCCCGACAUCAUCCAACCCAUCCAGCGCCACCACGCCCCCCAACCCCUCACCUGGCCAGCGGGACAGCAGGUUCAACUUCCCAGCUGCCUACUUCAUUCAUCAUAGACAGCAGUUUAUCUUUCCAGACAUUUCGGCCUUUGCACAGGCAGCCCCGCUCCCUGAAGCUGCCGACGGUACCCGGCUCGAUGACCAGCCGAAAGCAGAUGUGUUGGAAGCUCACGAAGCGGAGGCUGAGGAGCCAGAGGCUGGCAAGUCAGAGGCAGAAGACGAUGAGGACGAGGUGGACGACUUGCCGAGCUCUCGCCGGCCCUGGCGGGGCCCCAUCUCUCGCAAGGCCAGCCAGACCAGCGUGUACCUGCAGGAGUGGGACAUCCCCUUCGAGCAGGUAGAGCUGGGCGAGCCCAUCGGGCAGGGCCGCUGGGGCCGGGUGCACCGCGGCCGCUGGCAUGGUGAGGUGGCCAUUCGCCUGCUGGAGAUGGAUGGCCACAACCAGGACCACCUGAAGCUCUUCAAGAAAGAGGUGAUGAACUACCGGCAGACGCGGCAUGAGAACGUGGUGCUCUUCAUGGGGGCCUGCAUGAACCCGCCCCACCUGGCCAUUAUCACCAGCUUCUGCAAGGGGCGGACGUUGCACUCGUUUGUGAGGGACCCCAAGACGUCUCUGGACAUCAACAAGACGAGGCAAAUCGCUCAGGAGAUCAUCAAGGGCAUGGGAUAUCUUCAUGCCAAGGGCAUCGUACACAAAGAUCUCAAGUCUAAGAACGUCUUCUAUGACAACGGCAAGGUGGUCAUCACAGACUUCGGGCUAUUUGGGAUCUCAGGCGUGGUCCGAGAGGGACGGCGUGAGAACCAGCUAAAGCUGUCCCAUGAUUGGCUGUGCUAUCUGGCCCCUGAGAUUGUACGCGAGAUGACCCCCGGGAAGGACGAGGAUCAGCUGCCAUUCUCCAAAGCUGCUGAUGUCUAUGCAUUUGGGACUGUUUGGUAUGAGCUGCAAGCAAGAGACUGGCCCUUGAAGAACCAGGCUGCAGAGGCAUCCAUCUGGCAGAUUGGAAGCGGGGAAGGAAUGAAGCGUGUCCUGACUUCUGUCAGCUUGGGGAAGGAAGUCAGUGAGAUCCUGUCGGCCUGCUGGGCUUUCGACCUGCAGGAGAGACCCAGCUUCAGCCUGCUGAUGGACAUGCUGGAGAAACUUCCCAAGCUGAACCGGCGGCUCUCCCACCCUGGACACUUCUGGAAGUCAGCUGACAUUAACAGCAGCAAAGUUGUACCCCGGUUUGAAAGGUUUGGCUUGGGCGUCCUGGAGUCCAGUAAUCCAAAGAUGUAGCCAGCCAUAUGGUUUUUCGCUGCUGAUCUCUUUCUUUUUAAAAUGUGUUUCUGAAACAUCCAAACAACCACCAUGACAAAAAAAACACUGCCUGCCCAGCGCUGCAAACCAGGAGCACACGUCCUAGAUUCAGACUGUUCGCCAUAAACCCCACUCGGGAGAUGGAGCUGCACCUGCUAUUUCUUAAAAUGACACCACCAACAACCAAACCUGUCAUGACAGACAGCAAAUGUUUACACAUAUAUUUCUCCUGAGUGAACCUGAUGUUUUACAAUAGGUAAUAAUAAAAACAGUCUGUGCAGAUGUACUGGCACUGACGGCCAGGAUGGCGGAAAUGGCCGUCCCCUCUGAGGACCUUGUAGGCGGUGAGGGACCCAUGCUGGGCCAGAAGGAAGACAAACAUGGUGAUUGCAGCUGUUCUUGGGGUAGGGCGGGGAGCCCAGAAGGUCUGAUCUGGCCUCUGCUUUUUGGCCCAAGACUCCAUCAGGGAAAUCUAUCUAGGGCUCUCCCCUUGUCCUUUCAAAGGGAUACUGCCCCUUCCUCGUCUUGCAGAGGAAACCCUGGCUAGGAACUGAGCUAGUUUAUGGAGUCUGGAGUUCCUGGAGAGCUUGGGUUCACCUUCUCACCCCUGUAAUCCAGGCUGCUCCUGCUGGAAAAGUAGAAACAGAAUCCAAAAAAGGUCUGGACUCACCUGGUGGUUCCCAGCCAGGGUUUCUGCUGUAAGGUAAGGAAACAUCCAUGGCUUGUACAGAUGUGAGUCUUUGAUGAAGCCCCCAGGCAGGCACCAAGGUGAUGGGACUCAGGGCCUUGGCUUUUAGAUACAUCCCAGUCCCUGACUGACAUCUGACCGUGAGGGCUGGAUGGGUGGGAACAAGGAGGAGGAGUAGAUGGCAAAGGUACCUGAGCCCCCUUCCCAGCCACAGGGUGACCCUGGCACUGCAAAAACCCUUUGUCAUGCCGGAAGGUUCUAGAACUGCCCACCUCUUCCAUUUCAGUCCUGCUGAAACCCCUUAGCCUAUUUCCGACUCCUCUGUCCAUGCUCUGAGCUCAGCUGGGUGGUGUGUGGCCUAUCACCCCUUUCAUUUAGACCUACCUAGCUGGCCCCCAUCUGCAGAGCCUUCCUUAGCACCAUUAGGCCUUCUACUUGUGUCCAUUUGAAGCAGGAGGGGCUGGAUUUGGAAAAGUCUUUGAAGUGAGAGCACCACGCUUGUCUUCGUUAGAAACUCUUAACUGCAGAGAAAAGUUCCAGAUGGCAAGGGAGCCCUUAAGUGGAGAUUAGGUUGCAUUAGACUCCAAAACCAGAAAGGAAAAAGGGUGAUGGGAGUGGAGACGUGAUUGGAUUCAGGCCCAGAACCUGUGACCAUGCUCUGAGCUCAGACUUGGGGAGGGAGGGGUGUGGCUCCCACCCCUUCCAGUUAAGACCUGCCUAGCAGAGCCCCAGUCUCCAGCCCCUUCCCUAGCACCAGAGUCUGGUCAAAAUGCUACAGAAAAUGAGCUGCUCUGCCAGCAAGCUGUGGAGCUGCCUCCUCUCCAGGCCUGGCAUCCCUUGGUUAGCCCUUCCUGGGAGGGCACAGCCAUAUUACAGUGCCAGUGUGCCUGGCCAUCAGCAUCUUCACCCUUCCCAGUCUGUGUGGGGAGGCUGUAAACCACGUGGAUUCAGCUCCGUGUGGAGUUUCUGUGCUAUGGUGGGACUGCUCAUUUUGCCCCAUCAUCCCUUUGGCCUCCCACACACCUGCCGCUUCCCAGGGAUCACGUGUGUCUCCAGCCUUUCACCUUUCUAUUGCAAUGGUGGCCUUUGUCCAGGCAAGAGCAGGCCUGAUGGAUGUACUCGUGAGCCCCACAGUUGGAUGUCAGCUCAGCCGUCCAACUGGGAGGAACAGUAGGCUCAGUUCCUCCCUGACCCCUGACACCAGGCCGCAGUGGGCAUGCACAGGCCCACAGAAAGUCAGUCUGGGUUUUGCUUUUCUCGUGAGCAUCACAGUUAAAGAAGCGCUCAUUGAGCAACUACAGUGCGCUUGGUCUUCUGCAAGUGCUGGGCACCUAGAGAUAGGAACAGUCAUGGUCCCUGCUCUUAAGGAACUGAUGACCUGGUGGGGCCCUGUUGCCUUCAAGGAACCCAGAAGCCACUGGGCCCCAAAGGUGGAACUGAAGGACUGGGGGCAGCUGGCUCUCAGCCUGCCACCUCUGCACUGCCUGCCUUUAAAGAACCCCACCCCACCCCAUGAUGGUCCCCUCUGUUCCCCUUGUAUUUCAGUGACUGUGAAUUGAGGUUAGGAAGGCACACCUGCCCUUCUGUGUGCUCUCUCCACACGAAGGAUGACAGAUACUGUGAAUUCAGCCCUCACGGCCAACUGUGAAGGGGAUGGAGAAGGCUGGGAGGGCUCGGGGAGAGCUCUUAGGGGCCACGGAAGUCCCCACUGGGGUCUGAGAGUGGAGCCCAAGCUUUGGCCCUCCAGGCAUCCCCAGUUUCCAGCCUCACCUCUGAAGCCCUGCUGCCUUUAACCACCAGAGCCGCAGCCCCCUGGGUUUCUGUCUAACUCGAAGUCUUGAAUCCUAGCUAGUUUGGGGUUGUGAGCAGUGUGUAGCAAAGUUGAUCUCUCCAUGUCACCAAAUCAAAACACCCUCUGUCAUCCUACGGCAUUUCCUCUUGAGGUCACAGAGAGGAAUGGCAAGCCCUGGAAACCUGUGUUAUUCUGUGUUGAUUUGGUGUGGGGGGAGGGUGGAGACGUAAAUGUGAAGCCAGUUGGAGUUUGUGCUAUGCAGCAGUGUUAGCCAGGAUCUCAUCAGCGUGCAAACCUAGCAUCUUCUGUGGCCACAAGCCACACACUUGCUUUUUUUGAAUGUGAUGUAAAAUUUGUACAGUAAAGUUUUUAUAUUUUCUAUCAACUACAUUUGUCUUCCAGACAUGCUAUUAAUUUAAAUUAAAAUGGUUAGUAUUAACAAACAUGCUGUAUCGGGUUUUUUUGCCACUGGCAAGAACAUGCCCUCUGUGCUAAGCCAGGCUUGGGUGUCUAGAGUUUGUGAAUAAAGUUAUACCAAGGUG